AUGGCCAAAAUUAGUAAAGUUUGGAUGCAUUUUGACAAAAUCAAUAAGUUGACUGCGAAAUGUAAAAUAUGUGGCAAAAUAUGUCCAACAUCUGGAAACACGUCUAAUUUACACUCUCAUCUGAAUAAUGUCCAUAAAAGUAAAACAGUAACGUCAGUAACAUCAAAGUUAAAAAGUGAUGUUUUGGAAAAAUGCUUCGAUGAAAAUAAUGUUGAUGAUCCUGGUUGUAUUUCAAGUACAGCAUCAACUUUAGUUUUUGAUGAAAAUGAAACCAUUUCUGUAGCUAGUGGUAGUAAAAAAACUUGUACCAAUGAUUUUCCUACAAAAAUAACUCAACCAUCAAUUGAAAAGGCAAUGGACUAUGUGACAUCCAUGAAAGUCGACGGCACUGGUUUUAAUUACUUUUUAAAAGUGGCAUGUCCACUUUAUGCUAUUCCUUCCAGAAACACAAUAAAAAAUAAAUUAGAUGAAAAAUACAAGUAUUUAUCUAACAAGUUUAAACAUAGACUCCAAAAACAAAAAAAUUUUAGUCUAACUUCGGAUAUUUGGAGUGAUAUUCAAAUGAAGAGUUAUCUCGGUGUUACCAUACACUUUUUAGAAAACAAUACAUUUAUAUCUGGAACAUUAGUUGUGUACGAACUCAACAUGUCUCAUACAUCUGAGUACAUAAGUCAGAUAUUUGAAGAAGUAUUAUUUGAAUGGGGAUUAAAUAAAUCACAAAUAAUUACAAUUGUCACUGAUAGUGGUGCAAAUAUAAAAAAAGCAGCAAAAAACACAUUCGGUAUACGUAAAUUUAUCCCAUGUUUUGCUCAUACCAUUAAUUUAAUUGCAAACUAUUCAAUUGAUAACUGUGAGGGUUUAAAUUUGUUGGUUGAAAAAGUAAGAAAUAUCGUCAAAUAUGUAAAAAACAGUGUAAAUGUCAGCGAUGAAUUAAGGCAAUACCAAGCAAAUGAUGGAAUACCCGAAGGAAAUAUGCUUAAAAUGAUCUUGGAUGUUAAAACACGUUGGAACAGCUUAUACUACAUGGUGGACAGAUUUUUAAAUUUAUUUAAAAUUAUUUCUAAUAUUUUGUUGGAGAAACAAAAAGCACCAGAUUGUCUAACUACCAGAGAGGUAAACACACUAAAAGAAGUUAGAGUUCUAUUGCAACCUUUAGAGGAUUUAACUAAAAAAAUCUCCGGUGAUAAAUAUCCAACUAUAAGUUGUAUGCUACCAUUAAUAAAAUGUGUUAACUCUGCCAUCAAUCAAAUGACACCUAAUACAGCAGUGGGAGUAUCUCUACGUUCAAAUAUCAUCGGUCAAUUUCAUAAACAUUUUAAUGAACUUGAGCUGUUUAAUGAUGUUCCAAUCAGCACUAUAUUGGACCCCAGAUUUAAGAAUCUUCACUUCGAAGACCCUGUAAAUUGCCAAAAAGCUAUUGGAAAAAUAAAAAGACUGUUAAUUGUUGUACAAAAUGAACAUUCUGUUGAAAUUGAACCAACUACAAGUUCUGAAAUGACUCCACUAAACAAACAAUCAUUUGACUUAUGGUCUUAUCAUAAAACUGUUGCAUCUUUGCAAAUCCAAAACAGUUGA